AUGGGAAAACAUCUGCCUAAGGUCUCCAUGCUUCAGUGGUUAAAUGGCGACAUUGUCUGUCUACAAGAAGUGGACCCAGCCUACUUUGCAGAAAUCCUUGAGGAAGACAUGUUUUCUUUAGGGUAUGAAGGGCUGUUUGUACAGAAGUGUCCCAGCACAGGUCGACAAGGUGUUGCAUUGUUCUCCAAAACGGAGAAGUUUGAACUAGAACAGUCAAAAACCUUGGUUAUCAAUGAGGUUGCAUCAGUUACCUCUAUAGAGGCUGAGUGUCAACAGUUUGGAGAGGUUGUAAUACUUGCAGCAUUGAGGCAUAAAAGUACCAAUGUGGUGCUACUGACAGCUACCACUCACAUUUUGUGGAAAGAUCUCCUUGAACCUGUCACACAAAUCUGUGAAGUGUCACUCGUCACACAAGCCAUUCAUGACAUGGUCACGUCACUGAAGUCACAAGGGAAGCGUGUGGCUUAUAUCCUGUGUGGAGAUUUCAACACUGAACCUCACUGUCCACCUUACAGUUUACUAACAAGUGGUCAUCUAAGCAAAAGUGAAUUCUGCAAACUCCAAACUGUUGAUUACUUGCGAUUCUCCGCAGAUGUUCCAAAGCCAGAGCAGGUACACCCUGAGCAGAUUGCUCUCUUAAGCAAAGUCAAGAACCAUCUUCACUGUCCACUGACACCCCUGCAGAGUGCCUACAAGGUGGUCUUGGGUUCUGAGCCCGAAUGCACGAGUUUUGAGGAUGAUGCGAGCCGUCUUUGGACUCUUGACUACAUUUGGUUUGAUUCCGAAAAUUUGCAAGUUACAUCAGUGCUGGAAACCUUACCUGCGUCAGCAAUCGCUGCGUACAGAGGCUUUCCUAAUGAGUAUUUUUCAUCAGAUCACUUUUCUCUAAAGGCGAGUUUCAAGCUCGUAGGAAAAAGUUAAUGGGUCGGCAAAAAUGAAAACAGCAAACUUCAAAGCUUUCUCUAAAUGAAAAUCAAUUUUCGUCAUCCUUUUUUAGUUAUCUUUUUAAAAAAAAACAAACUAUAUGUUAGCGUAUGGAGUGGUGUGUUUUGGUGUAGUGUGGGUUAGAAAGGCACUGACUUGAAUGACACUCAUUAGUUAGUGAGGCCGGUUAUGUCUGUAGUGCCGUAAGAAAUUUUUUAUACCUCAUUUUACAUCCAGUUCGGUCCGUAAAGCCAGUCAUUUUUUAGCUAUCGGGUUAAGGCCUUGGGUAAAAAAGUAAUUGCUCGUAAUCUGCCAAAUCAAACCAUCCCUUGCCAUUUUUUUUUUAUUUAAAAUCAAGUUAUCGUUUAUGAGAUCAUGUUCAACACCGAUUGUCUCCUCCAUUUUCCUUCAAAUUUUACUCAAAGUUCAUGAAUAUGAUAUCAGUAAUGUCCACAUGUUCCCAGCUCGUUUAAUUUAUUAGUAUUUGUUGUUUCUUCGUCAGGAGAUCAUGUUUAUGUACUACGCUCAAUAAUUUCCUUUUCAAAGGCAUACGUUUCCUUACAGAUCACUAUUGCUUGCUAUUCACUGCUAAUCUACUCUUCCUUUAAAUCACCGUGAUUAAAAAGGAAGCCUAGUUUGUGAAGCAUUUUUGACCGAAUGCGAGCACUUUUUGAUUUACCUAAUGGCUUUUUUUUUUUGUUGGUCCUUUAUUAAACAGGCAAUUUUCGAUCACGUUUCGCCAUUUUUUUUUUCUUUUUUCGCAUUUUGCUUAUGCGUUCGAAAAAAAAAAUUAAGAUGCUAGUACCAAUUAGUUUUAUUUUGGCAAAAUCGAGCGGGCGAAAUUUUAUUUGUCUUUCCACGGUUUUAAUUCGUCUUGCAUUUAUUCGUUUUUUUGGGAAAUUAUUUGAUUACUUUUUGUAUUUAAAAUCUUAUAACAUUUUAUAAGGAGGUUAUCUACAUGAAAACCUCAUAAAAGUCUUAUCAUUUUCAGAGUAACUGGGGUUUAAACAUCUUUCAGAGUAGAUUUCGCAGCCUAAGUAUUCACUAUUUGUUCUCUAGGAGGAAAUUAGAUCAUUGUUCAGUUUGCGGAGAGAAAAGCAAUAAAACAAUUAAAAAAGCAGUAAAAAAAUAAAAAAAGCAGU